UCCCCGUUGCUUAAGGUUUUAGCACACUUUGUUUCUCUCUCUAAACCAGUAACAGUGAAACCUUCUCCUGAGUCCCGACAAAUGGCAGAGGAGGCGCACGGUAACCCCGCCGCCGAAAAAGAAGCCAAGGGAGCGGCGGCGGAGAUGGACGAUAUCGAGUCACGAAUUACCACCGCCAUGCGCUCUCGCGUUGGCCACUUCAAGGAACAAUCCGACUCAUUGACUUUCGAGGGAGUUCGGAGAUUGUUAGAGAAAGACUUGGGGCUAGAAACGUUUGCACUGGAUGUUCACAAGAGAUUUGUCAAGCAAUGCCUGUUAAAGUGGUUAGAUGAUGGCAAUGACAAUGAAGGCUCUAGUGGAACGGUGGAGAAAAAUGUAAGUACAACCACUGAAGGAACAGAAUCUCCCAAAGGAAGACAACCUAAGAAAGAAAUAAAGGAACCUUGCUCUGAAGAUGAGAAAUUAGAAGAAUCUCCAGUUUUGGGCCUUCUGUCUGAAAAUAAAACUGUGAAAAAUGAUAAUAAAGAAAAUAAAGAAGUUUCUGAGAGUAAGAUAAAGAAAGCUAUCAGAAAUAGAGCUUCAUAUGUGAAAGCUAAUUCGGAAAAAGUCACAAUGGCUGGACUCCGUCGUCUUUUGGAGGAAGAUCUUAAACUUGAUAAAUAUACACUUGAUCCAUACAAGAAGUUUAUCGCUGAACAAUUAGACGAGCUAUUGAAGUCUGCUGAAGUUUCUGCACCUGCAAGUGAGGUUAAGAAAAAAAACCUCAAGAAAAAUUCUCAGAGCAAAACUUCUGAAAAGGUUAGCAAGAAAGUAAUUUCUGCUUCAUCAGGAAGCGAGAAUGAUGAAGAGGGAGAUGAAGAAGAAGAAGAAGAUGAUGAUGAAGGAGAAGAAGAGGAAGAAGAAGAAGAAGUGAAGCCCAAAAAGAAGAUCACUCCUAAAGGGAAGAUUAAGAACUCUGAAGGGCUUAAAAAACGGAAAAUACCUAAGAAGGAGGCAGAGAUGCCUAGCAAGAAGAGAAGCAAGCAUGCAGAAAGAAAUUCAGAUGAUAAUAGCAAUGAAGAAGACAGUGGGAGUGUCUCUGAUGAUGGUCGCUCUCAAUCUUCUUCUGCAAAGGCGGUGAAGAGAAAAGAAACUUCUGCUCCAGUAUAUGGGAAACGUGUGGAACAUCUAAAGUCGGUUAUCAAGUCAUGUGGGAUGAGUGUUCCUCCCUCGAUCUACAAGAGGGUCAAACAGGUCCCUGAGAAUAAACGUGAAGCCCAAUUAAUUAAGGAACUAGAGGAGGUUCUUUCCAAAGAAGGAUUAUCUGCAAAGCCUUCAGAAAAAGAAAUCAAGGACGUGAGGAAGAGAAAAGAAAGAGCGAGAGAGUUAGAAGGGAUUGACAUGAGUAAUAUUGUGUCAAGUUCACGUAGAAGGUCUACAACCAGUUUUGUUCCUCCACCAAAGCCUAAAAUACCAGAUAUGAGUGAUGAUGAUGAAAGUGAAGAAAGUGAUGAGGAUGAUGGUGAUGAUGAUGAAGAUAAUGAUGAUGCAGAAGCUGGUGAUGAUGGCAACAGCCAAAGUGAAGAAUCAGAAGAAGAAGAAGAUGGUGACAGCGAUUGAAUCUUGGACGAGUUUAAACUUGCAAGGCAGUGGCUUGCUCAUGGGCUGUUAGAUUAUGAUGCUAUAUUAUGUAUCUGAGUUUAGUUUUCUACUGAUAUUUUGUAGUGUACUUGGUGUGUUGUUUAGUCCUUGAUAGAAAAACAUUGCUUCAAUAUUUUUUAUUAGGAUGUCCUAUAUUGUUGAUUAAUGCAGUGACUUAGGUUAUUUUUCCGGAAGAACCUACCUUGCAAGCCCUAAAUAUUGACAAUAACCGAAUUUAAGGGCUUCAUGAUAAACCUUACAAAGUUAAAUCAUAGCCCUUUCGAGUUGGAAUUCAA